AUGUCUGUCACUACUUCCGCAACCAUUGCCUCUUUUGGUGGGAAGCUUCUUAAGCUGGCUCAUAACUCAUCCGUCAUCGGUGGUGAAAUGAAAUUCAACCUCUAUCUUCCCCCUCAGGCUUCAAACGGAGGCUCAAAGAUUCCACUAUUGAUCUAUCUAUCUGGACUCACCUGUACUGGAGACAAUUGCUCGGAGAAAGGCUUCUUCCAGCACGGAGCAAGCAAGAGGGGAAUUGCUGUCUUGUACCCAGAUACCAGCCCAAGGGGCUUCGGAAUCAAGGGCGAGGACGACGCGUAUGACUUUGGAAGUGGUGCUGGUUUUUACGUCGAUGCCACUGCCGAGCCUUGGUCCAAAAACUAUAAAAUGUACUCCUAUAUCACCGACGAACUACCAAAAACAGUAUUCUCCGCUUUUGACCAACUAGACUCAAGCAAGGUGAGUAUCACAGGCCACAGCAUGGGCGGCCACGGUGCUCUAUCGCUUUACCUGAAGAACCCGGGGAAAUAUAAGAGUGUCAGUGCUUUCGCCCCUAUUUCCAACCCCUUGAAAGCUCCUUGGGGAGAGAAGGCCUUCAAAGGGUACUUUGGCGAGGAUGAUUGGCAGAAGAAAGGUGCCGAGCACGAUUCCACUGAGUUGCUUAAGAAAUGGAAGGGUGGUGACUUGGACAUUCUGAUUGAUGUGGGUACAGGUGAUAACUUCUACAAACAAGGUCAACUGUUGCCAGAGAACUUCCAGGCUGCAGCCAAGGAAAUUGGCCAGGAGAAAGGUGUACAUGUCCGGUUUCAACCUGACUAUGACCACAGCUACUACACAAUGGCCACCUUUGCAGAUGAUCACAUCGAUCAUGCCGCAAAGUAUUUGUUUGCAUAG